CCCCCCUCUCCCCUCCCCCUCCGCGCCGCCGCUGCCGCGAUGCCCCCCCCUGCGCCCGGGGCCCGGCUCCGGCUCCUCGCCGCCGCCGCCCUGGCCGGCCUGGCCGUCAUCAGCCGAGGGCUGCUGUCCCAGAGCCUGGAGUUCAGCUCUCCCGCCGACAACUACACAGUGUGCGAAGGCGACAAUGCCACCCUCAGCUGCUUCAUCGACGAGCACGUGACCCGCGUGGCCUGGCUGAACCGCUCCAACAUCCUGUACGCGGGCAACGACCGCUGGACCAGCGACCCGCGGGUGCGGCUGCUCAUCAACACGCCCGAGGAGUUCUCCAUCCUCAUCACCCAGGUGGGGCUGGGCGACGAGGGCCUCUACACCUGCUCCUUCCAGACCCGCCACCAGCCCUACACCACUCAGGUCUACCUCAUCGUGCACGUCCCUGCCCGCAUCGUGAACAUCUCCUCGCCUGUGACGGUGAAUGAGGGGGGCAACGUGAACCUGCUUUGCCUGGCUGUGGGGCGGCCGGAGCCUACAGUCACCUGGAGGCAACUUCGAGACGGCUUCACCUCAGAGGGCGAGAUCCUAGAGAUUUCCGACAUCCAGCGGGGCCAGGCCGGGGAGUACGAGUGCGUGACUCACAACGGGGUCAACUCGGCGCCUGACAGCCGCCGCGUGCUGGUCACCGUCAACUAUCCUCCCACCAUCACGGACGUGACCAGCGCCCGCACGGCCCCGGGCCGGGCCGCCCUCCUGCGCUGCGAGGCCAUGGCGGUGCCCCCGGCUGACUUCCAGUGGUUCAAGGACGACAGGCUGCUGAGCAGCGGCGCGGCCGAGGGCCUGAAGGUGCAGACGGAGCGCACCCGCUCGAUGCUACUCUUCGCCAACGUGAGCGCCCGGCACUACGGCAACUACACGUGUCGCGCCGCCAACCGGCUCGGAGCGUCCAGCGCCUCCAUGCGGCUCCUGCGCCCAGGCUCCGUGGAGAACUCAGCCCCAAGGCCCCCCGGGCCCCUGGCCCUCCUCUCUGCCCUGGGCUGGCUGUGGUGGAGGAUGUAGGAAGAACACAGUGCAGCUCGCCUCCCCCUGCGGGGACCCGAGGCCGAGAGCGAGAGAGAACGGGGGAGCAAGCGGCGUGGGUCUCGAAGGGGCGGAAGAGCUCUCGGCGACCGAGGAAGAAGAAAGGAGGAGGAGGAGGAGGGAGAAGCAAGAUCUUUAGAGAACCCAUCACUGUGAGGGAUAACGCAAAAUUAUGCAUCUUUCUACAGCCAUUCUCGCCACCGUUCACGUUUCUGAUUGUGACUCACCCCCCGCCACUCCCACCCCUCUCUUAGCUCAGGCUGGCACCCGGAUCGCAUGUGGGUAGUGGGUGUGCGCGUGUGCGUGUGCGCCUGCACGUGUGUGUGUACCGUAUGUGUGCAUGGGAGUGGGUGGGCAGGGUGGGGGAGGGGAGCUCCGACCUUCCCUCCCCGACACCCCCACGUCCACUCUGCCCCAACCCUGCUGCCUCUCCCCCAGGGCUGGAGGUAGGUAUGGGGGCUUCGUGGCAGAAGCUGUGAGGGGAGCUUGUCCCAGCCCCUGCUUUCCCAGUGUAUGCACGCACACCCCCCUCCCCUCCUCCCCGUGGAAGAGGUGUCCCCUGGGCGGGUUGGCGGCGGGGAGAGGUGUCAGGCUGUCGUUCAGCCUCUGUGAGCAGGUGGGGGGUCUCCAUCUGGGCUCCGGGUCCCCCUGCUGUCAACCCCCAACUGCCUGCAGCCCAGGCUCCAUCGCUGGCUCGGCGGCCUGAGACCUCCCACCUUCCCCGUCCCUGGACUUUCUCGGCCCCUCCUGGGCCAACCGGUGCUUCCAUCCAACUGUCAGGCUGGUGUCUGGCCACCUGUCUGUCUCAGCGCUUUGCCCGCCCCCACCCCUCGCCCCUUGGCCACCUGCAGUGCCAACCAGCUGCCCUCCGCGACCCUGCAGCCGCCCACACCCAUGGGUCUGCUGGUCUCCUCCUCCCUGGCUGCCUCUCCACCAACUGCACCUCCCAAAGGCUGACCUGACCGCGCACGCGCGUGUACACACACACACACACACACACACACACACACACACACACACACCAGCGAUGGACCAGCAAUAGCCCCCUGGCUCCAGCUGAAGCCAGUGACCAGCUGUGGUUCCCCUGAGGGUGGGCACCCGUUGUCAGGAGGCAGCGCUGAGGGGCUGUAGCCUCUGGUUGUAGGAACACCCCACCCCGACAUCCGGAGCCCGGACCAAGAUGGAGUCGCCAGCUCCGACUCCCAGGAGACCCUCUGCAAACACCCACCCUGAGCCACACCACCCAGCGUUUGGGGGGGUUGGGGGUCGAGGACAGAGCAGGGGCAGGGGGGCAAGGGCAGUGACUGUACCUCAGACAGGGGCGUGGGCCCCAUCCCACAUUGUCUUCCAUUCCCAGGGUCCGAGGGGAUGGGGAUGGGAGGGGGAGGGAGG